CAUGAACACUAAAUUCUUGAUUAUAAUUGUAAUUAUAAUAAUUGUGAUGGUUAUAAUCAAUCUAUGAUACCCACAUCAUCGAUCAUUUGAAAUUAAGUGCUAAAAACAGCUAUCACCAAAGAAUCGAACUCGGAGAUUUUCUAAAAUACCGUAGUCGUAACCACCAGUUAAAAAGAGAGGAGAAGAAGAAGCUGGGCCAAAAUAUUUCCUUCAUUUCACCGGACUCUAUAUCUCUCUCUCUAAUCAGAACCAAAAACAAAGGGCGGAGAGAUCUCUCUGUGUCGCUCCAGUGUCGCAAUGAGCAAAGGACCUGUACUCUUCGCCGAUAUCGGCAAGAAAGCCAAAGAUCUGUUGACCAAGGAUUACAAUUCUGAUCAGAGACUUAGCGUCUCUACUUUCAGCGAUGCUGGAGUGGCCCUCACAUCAUCAGCUGUGAAGAAAGGAGGGCUAUCAACUGGGGAUGUUGCUGCGCUCUACAUGUACAAGAACACUAUAUUUGAUGUUAAAAUUGACACAGAAUCCAAUAUAUCAACAACCUUGACAUUCACCGACUUCCUUCCGUCAACUAAGACCAUUGCUUCCAUCAAAUUUCCUGACUAUAACUCUGGCAAGUUGGAGGUUCAAUAUUUUCAUGAUCGUGCAAGUUUCACCACAGCUGUUGCUUUGAAUCAAUCUCCAGCAAUUGAUGUUACAGCCACCAUUGGUACCCCAACAAUUGCUUUUGGUGCAGAGGCAGGCUAUGAUACUACUUUGGGUAGUUUCACGAAGUACACUGCUGGCAUUAGUGUGACCAAACCUGAUUCAUAUGCUUCGUUGAUUUUAGGUGACAAGGGAGAUUCUUUACGAGCAUCAUACGUGCAUCAUCUGGAUCUGCUGAAAAAGAGUGCUGUUGCUGGAGAGAUCACUAGAAGGUUUUCCACUAAUGAGAAUACUCUUACUAUUGGAGGGUCAUUUCCCGUUGAUCACCUGACGGUGGUGAAAGCUAAGCUCAACAGCCACGGGAAACUUGGGGCAUUGGUGCAACAUGAGGUCAUACCGAAGUCAGUGCUGACAAUCUCUAGUGAGGUUGAUACCAAGGCCUUGGACAAAAGUCCCAGGUUUGGGCUGGCAAUUGCUCUGAAGCCCUAAAGGUUUUGGAGGCAUUUGUAGUCUGCUCUCUUCCGCAGAGAACUUUAAUUUUGGAUUGAUGGGGGUUUUUGCUAAUUGGAUUUAUGAUCCGUUUCUCAUAAUUCAGUGGAGGCUGUUCUCUAA